GAUGAAAGGAGUGAACAGAACGAAAAGAAGUUAGUAUCCGGGGAAGCCAGAUCAGGUUUGGCUUUGACAGAGGCAAGGUAUGGCCAUCUGUCAGGAGUGCUUUGAUGGUGCCAUCCUUUAUAGCAGGAUGGGGUUGGACUGGAUGGCCUUUGGGAGUCUCUAGGAUCCUAUGAUUUGAUGAAAGGAGUGAACAGAACGAGCAGAAGCUAGUAUCCGGGGAAGCCAGAUCAGGUUUGGCUUUGACAGAGCCAUCUGUCAGGAGUGCUUUGAUGGUGUCAUCCUUUAUGCCAGGAUGGGGUUGAACUGGAUGGCCUUUGGAAGUCUCUAGGAUCCUAUGAUUUGAUGAAAGGAGUGAACAGAACAAAAAGAAGUUAGUAUACGGGGAAGCCAGAUCAGGUUUGGCUUUGACAGAGGCAAGGUAUGGCCAUGUGUCAGGAGUGCUUUGAUGGUGCCAUCCUUUAUAGCAGGAUGGGGUUGGACUGGAUGGCCUUUGGGAGUCUCUAGGAUCCUAUGAUUUGAUGAAAGGAGUGAACAGAACAAAAAGAAGUUAGUAUACGGGGAAGCCAGAUCAGGUUUGGCUUUGACAGAGCCAUCUGUCAGGAGUGCUUUGAUGGUGUCCUCCUUUAUGGCAGGACGGGGUUGGACUGGAUGACCUCUGGGGGUCUCUUCCAGCUCUAGGCUUCUUGGCAGGGGGUUGGACUGGAUGGCCCAUGAGGUCUCUUCCAACUCUACUAGUCUAUGAUUCUAUGAUUUGAGGAGCAGGAGCAGGAGAAAACUUCUAUGCUUGCAACCUGCCUGGUGGGUGGAGCUGCUGGAAGGCAGGCAGGAAGGGGUUAACCCGGAGCAGGCUGGAGGAGGGCCUGGGAAAUUGGAGCAGGACCUGGAAGUGGUGCAACUGCAAGGCGCCCUUUCCUGCUUGCCUGGGAGGCUCUGCUUGCCCGUGAAUGGCUGCGAGAGAGAGGGAUCAGCCCUGCUUACUAUUCUUGGUGAAAAGGCGAGGCAAGAUGGUGUAGAGUUGGCCACUUGGAACUUGAACAGUCCGUAGCCAAAAUUAUCCUAUCCUUCAACAUAACGGUGGUCAGGCUACAAGUGAGUUACUGAAAUCUCCCUUUCUGGAAAAGAGAAUUUGUAAUGGAAGAGGGUUUGGAAGCUGUAGGUGAGGCUCCGCAUGUUGUGAAGGCGAGGUGCUUAAAGGAAUUGCCGAGACGAGCAGCCCCGCAAAAUGGCAAGCGUCAUCCCCUCAACGGGUUUCCGCAGACGUGGCCAACCCAAUGCCAAGAGUUCCUGAAGGAACUAGAUUGCCGUUGCUCUGGAUCGCCAAAACUGGGGCCGUGGGACGAUGCCAAGGCUUUCCUGGCCUCCUUCGAGCAAGUGGCCGAAGCCUGCCGAUGGCCAAGGAAAGAGUGGGUGGCCCGUCUGUUGCCCGCACUGAGCGGAGAAGCCAAAGUUGCCUUCGGGAACCUGGAAGCGGGAGACAGGGAAGACUACGAGAAAGUGAAGGUUGCCAUCCUGCGCAAGGAAGCCUGCGGGAUGGAGGCGCUACGCCGGCACUUCCGACGGUACCGCUGCCAAGAGGUGGAGGAUCCGCGGAGCGUUUACGGGCACCUCCGGGAGCUCUGCCACCAGUGGCUGAAGCCAGAAAGGCACACCAAGGAGCAGAUCCUGGAGCUGCUGAUCCUGGAGCAGUUCCUGGCCAUCUUGCCCCAAGGCAUCCAGAGCCGGAUCAAAUCGUGGGACGCGGGGACCGACGCUGAAACAGUGGCAGAGGUGGAGUUCCUGAUGGGAGCCCAAGGGGACAAGAAUUGGGAAUGGCAGCUGCCAUUGGAAGAAGUGCCUGUCAACCCCUCAAAAGUGGAGGGGACCCUUUUGGGACAAAACUCUCUGGAAGUCAAGGAGAAAGUUGAUGGGGAUUUUCGCCUGAUAGCCAAUGGUUCAAUGCUGUCCCCUAAAGAAGAAGAAAUGACUGAGACUGGCCUUUCGGAGGGAUCUGUGAAUCUGAAUGAAGUGGCAGUGUCCUUGGACAACACCGAAUGGUCAGUGUUAAACCCCAGGCAAGGAACGAUGCAUUGGGAAGUCAUGCCAGAGAACAUCAGCUGUUUGGGUGGCUUUGUGAUUCCCAAACCUGAAGCCGUGCCCCAAAUGGAGCAAGGAGAAAUACUUUUCAUCCCAGACGCUGAGGAGUGUGAGGCUUUUCCAAGUAACAUGCCAGAUGAUAAAGGACUCUUGAACAUUAAGGAGAAUUGUCACGAAGAGAGUCCAGAGCCUGAGGAAAUGUACAGCAUGUCACUGGAAAUAUCCCAAGGCAAGGCUUCUCUGGUUGCCGAGAUUCACGAGCAAGGCUGCGCCCCUGAUGGACAGCAUAGGAAGAAUCCCACGGAGACGUGGGAGGAAGCCACGGAAAGGGCCGUAAGUCAUUUGGCACUGAAGGACUCCCCGAGGCAUACCCGAGCGAGCAGGUUUUUGCACUCCAAAGGCGGGAGAUGGUACCGGUGCAAAGCAGGACUGGUCACCAACCAGGUCCUGCAUUCUGGAGUGACCCCUUACGAUUGCCACGUGUGCGGGAAACAUUUCCAGAAAAAGACUUGCCUCGCCAAACACCAGAGGAUCCACGUGUGGCCGAAGAUGUUUCCGUGCUCCGACUGCGGGGAGAGCUUCGACUGGAGAGAGGAGUUGGUCAGGCACCGGGUGGGCAGCCACGGGGGACAGAAGCGGCACAAGUGUCCCCAGUGUGGCAAGUGCUUCAGCCAGAGGGAGAGCCUCAUCCGGCACGAGAAGAUCCACACCGGGAAGAAGCCCUACGAGUGUCCCGAGUGCGGAAAGAAGUUCUGCCGGAGGGACUCCUUGGUCCGGCACCAGAAGAUCCACACGGGAGAGAAGCCGUACGACUGCCACGACUGCGGCAAGAGCUUCAAUCAGAAAGAGAUCCUCCUCCGACACCAGAGGACCCACACGGGGGAGAAGCCAUUCAAGUGCCACGAGUGCGGGGAGAGCUUCGCGCAAAAAUCCAUACUGCAAAGACAUGAAAGAAUUCAUAUGGAGCAAAAGAGCUUACUGGUACUCUGAGGCGAGUGAAGGCUUCGCUACCGUUUUCAAGAUAUGCUGCCUUCUUUGUAUUGUGUGUGUGAUAUUUUCAGUUUUUUUAUUAAGCCUAAAUAUAGUCAGUCCUCCACAUUUGCUAUGGGAUCUUUGCAAAAGUGAAAACUGCCGAUGUGGAGGGCUAACUGUAAUGCUGAUACUCUCAGGCAGACCCCAGUCGCUGAACUCAUCUUCAUGCUGCUUUCAGGAUUUUGGAAAUUAUCCAACCACCAUCCCCUUUAAUUGUCAUCUUCCAAAAGCCAUCACUAGAAAGGCAUAUAUUCUCUCCUCAAGUGAGUAAGACGUUCAGUCUUUAAUAUCUCACCUUAACUCCAAGGAAUGCGUAUUUCUCCUUUUGAGAAUAAAAUCCUCCCUUGGUCUAAGGGAAGCUGGGGAUUAAUUGACGUGGUGUUUCUGGUCCACCCAAAAGUUGUUUUCCAUGGGAGCGUUGUGUGAUCUGAUGAAUCUCACUUGGCUAUCAGAGCUUUAAAGCCAAUGCUUCUUAAACUCUGAUUAUACCUUUUGCCAAAUAAUGGGAAAUGUUGAAUUUUUUUGCUCAUUUAGGCUGCAAAGAAUAAUGCAAAGAAUAAUAAAGAAUAAUAAGUACAAUCCCAUUGAUUACAAACUAUGGGCUUUAUCAUGAGAGCGAGAAAUUGCCAGUACGGCAGGAUAAUUGUUUCUUUGGCUGGGAUUUAUCAUACGGCAUCAUUUCUAUCUUGCUGUAGCAUUGCAUUUCCGUCAUUAUUGGAUCCCAUGGUUUAAUUAAUGGGAGAAACCAAUUAAGGCCCCGAUAUUGCUGCAAGUGUUGUUUCAUUUCUUCUUGUUGUUCUGAUACUCCUACAACUCAUGUUGUGGGACUGGACAUUGUGUGUUGUCAAAAGAUUUCAUGGAUGGAAUCACUGUUGCUGUGAGUUAUCUGGGCUGUAUGGCCAUGUUCCAGAAGCAUUCUCUACUGACGUUUUGCCUGCAUCUAUGGUAAGGUUUGUUGGAAACUAGGCAAGUGGAGUUUAUAUAUCUGUGGAAUGUCCACGGUGGAAGAAAGAACUCUUGUCUAUUUGAGGCAAGUAUGAAUAUUGCAAUUAAUCACCUUGAUUAGCAUUGGAUAGCCUUCCAGUUUCAAAGCCUUUCCGUUGCAAAGAGUUGAAACUGCAUAAUUUUGCAAAGGAGUGAAGAAUACAGAUUGCAGGAAUAUGCUUCAUCGAAGUGGCACGAUAUUGCAGCAAGUUGAGAAAGUGAUUGUUGGCAUAUUGGUAUGUUUUCAUUUGUUUAUUGAGAAACGACAGUCUGGUGUGAUCAAGCCCUAUGUUUGUCUCCUACUCUUGUUUUGUAACUAAUUUUGCGGGCAUAUGUGGGUGUUAUAAUUAUGAUUUUAUUUAAUUGGGCAGGAUUUUUUUACACUUUUUUCUACAUAGCUUUGCACACAUCUUUUGGAGCCGGGAUGAGAUAAACUGUCUGUUUCUUUAAUAAAUAAACUCUUUUAUCGAGCA